AUGUCGAACAAUGUUGGUCUUUCAACGGUUUCUGAAUUAGUCAGACAGACAUCUCUGCUCAAUAAUCGACAAUAUAUAUCAGCCAAAGAAGGUCUAGAAUUUGCUGAAACAGCAAUUCGAACAACUAAAUCAUCCUAUGCAUCUCAACAAAAUAAACUUGAUAAUUCGUUUUCUACUGACAAGUUGUCACAAGAAGAUUAUGAUAAGCAAACGCUUCGACUUAAACAUCAACUAGAAAUUGAUUGUGCUCCAUGGGAACUGUAUGUUAAAAAGUUAAGUAAACUGAUUGAACAAUAUUCAUCAAAAUUUGAACCACAACAAAAUAAUAAACGAACGUUCAAUCAAUCUUCGUCUAUGAAAACACUACCUACACCCAAACGAACUCGUAUUACUUUUUCAUCCAGUAGUUCUGAGUCCGACACAUCCAUAGCUAUUAUUCCUCCAACAACUGAAAAAAAACCAGUCCCAACAGUGAUCAAACAAGACUCGAGUACAAUUACAGACCCAUUAGAAUUCUCACUUCGUUCACCUUUCCCUGCAACACCGAACAUUAUCUCGUUUACAGCUCAAACAAAUAAUAUUACACAACGAAUUUCUCUACAACAUAUCAAUGAGAUUGCUGCAAAACAAAUAGUUCUUCUUCACGACGAAGGACAAUUAGUACGCUGGAAUGAUGUUAUUUGGCGUAUUCUCAUGUAUUUUCAUGUUCAAGACAUUGGCAAUUUAGGUGUUGGACGUGCUGAUAAAAUAGCUUGUAUUGAUAAUCUUAUUCGAACACAAAAUAAGAUAAAUAUCUAUCUUGAUGCAUACGCAUAUUGGCAAACUAUUGGUACAUUGAAUGAGUUAGAAAAUGAUUUAGCUCGUAUUUUCUUUAAAAACGAUUAUAAUGAAUUAUUAAUUGGUCCUAUUGAAAAGCAACCUAAAAUUGAAGAAUUAUUUCGUUUAAGACAUGCUCGAAACGAACAUAUAAAAAAAGAUUUAAAAAGUUCUGAUGUAUUAAAAUAUCUUGAUCAAUAUAUGACUAAAGAAGCUGCUUGGAAAAACGAAAAUGAAUUAAACGUUGAUCAAUUUUUGAAAUUUAUUGCUGAACAAGUUCACGUUAAGAAUAUCAAUCAAUUAGGUAUUCGUAUGAAAAGUGCAUAUUUAGCAAGAAAUUGUAUUAAAGCGCUGCAAGCAAAUCAACGUAAAACAAUGGAAAUAGCAAGAACGGAAUUAGAUCAAAUACUAACUGAUCUUGUACAGAAAGAAAUUGGAAAAAUUUCUAAAACUAUUAAUGAUAAAUUAGAUAAUGAUAGUACUAGUCAACUACGCCAAUUAUAUGCAUCGAUGAAUCCAAUUGAUAUAAUCAAUGAUCUUAUUGAAAUUUGUCGAAACGUUUGUCACAGUUAUUCGUCGUUUCGAAAAAUAUCUCAAGCACUUGAUAUUAUUUCGAAAGAUUCAAUGCUACGAAACAUGUUUCAAAUAGCUAUUUGUCAUGGCAAAUUGGAUAUACCGGUUCGAGCUGUUAAAUCUAAAGAAGCAUCCAAUAAAAAUAAGAAAAUUUAUUUUGAUUCAUCUGAUGAAUCCGAUGAUGAAGUUAAAUUAACAAAAGAGCCAUGUGAACGAGUAGUUAAUCAUCCGAGUCAUAAUCAACUUCUUCAAGCAUUUAAAGAACAAAUCGGGUCAUUGAAAAGUCUUACAUUUACGUUAUUAACUCGAAUUGAACAACGAUUAUGUGAAAAAUUUACAGUAGCUCAGUUUCAGGAAUUAGGUCACGGUACUUUUAGUAAUUAUAUCGCGCAAAACGAACAGUUACUGUUUCCUAUUGAUAUCAAAUUCAAUUUAUCGUCAUCUGGAUGUGACGAUUCGCAUAACACAUGUCUAGUUGCAUUUGAAGAUCUUGAGCAAUUCAUUAUUCAAAUAAUCGAUCGGCCAACAGAUCAACAAUAUAUUGAACAAAUGAUUUGCUAUCAUUAUCAAGUUGAAUCAUUUGAGCAACUUGGACAUGGUUCAUUUCGUUCAAUAUUUGAUGCGAUUAAACAUCAUACAAAACCUAAAAAUACAUCAAUUCAUUAUGAAUGUCUCCUUUUCGAUGAAAUACCUUUAAUAAAACAAACAUUAAAUAAAACAUCGAAAUCAUUUCUCCAGGAUCUUGAACAUAAAGCUUUACAUGCCAUUAAUCACUGUUCUCUUCUUGGAAAUCUUCAUUUGGAUACACAAUGGAAUUUACGCUUUCGUCCAACGUUAGGCAAACUAAAAGUCUUUCUCUCGCGACAUAAAUUUCCAAUACUUGAAAUCGAUCAUAUUACAUUUCUAAAACUAUCUUCGAAUUCUACAUUUGAACUAUUCAAAGAAUCUCUUUGCAAUUACAAUGUAAUUUUAACUGCAGGACACCUCGUAUCGAUUCUCGUUCAACAUGAUUCAUUAUCCAAUGCUCCGCUGUCACUUCUUUCCAAUGUUGUGCAUACGUUUCUCCUAACUGUACCACUUGAUCAUCGAUUAUAUGAUUUUCUCAUACGCAUUUUUCUUCGUAUACCAUUUCUUCUUCUUUCAUCAGUUGUUGAAAGAAUUUUCCUUCAACCGUUAAUUAAACUUGAAGGUAGUCAAAUGAAAAUACGUGAACUAUUAUGGAAAACUAUUGAUAGACAAGAUCCGAAUAUGAUCCUAAAAUUUAUUCAAUUAGGAGAAUACUUAGGAUUUACUGAAUGGUCAAUAGAGAAAAUUAAAAUCGAACCAAUAAUCAAAAUUCAACAAGAGAAACAUGUGUCAGUGUCCGUUCCACACGUUAUAGUACCGGAAUUAGUUUCAAAAAUUAAACAAGAAAGUUCCGCUAACAAUCCUCAUGAUUUUAUCGAACGUAUUCGUCGAGAAAAAUUUGGUAUUGGUUUAACUCUUUCAAAUGAAAGUCAAUCUCUGACUGAUCAAUUGAAAUCCCUCGUUGGUCGAUCAUUGGAACGUCUUUCAAAAGAACUAUACAAUACGGAUAUGCAUUUUGUACUUGAAUUAAUUCAAAAUGCUGAUGAUAAUCAAUACCAUUCGAAACCUAGUCUCGUUUUUGUUAUUGAUUCUAAUUCAAUUAAUGUUUAUAAUAAUGAAAUUGGAUUUCAAGAAAAUAAUAUUCAAGCAUUAUGCGAUAUUGGCAAGUCAACUAAAGGAAAACAUAAACAAGGUUAUAUCGGACAAAAAGGCAUUGGUUUUAAAUCAGUUUUUACUGUUUGUGAUCGUCCAGAAAUUUAUUCUAACGGUUAUCAAAUUUGUUUUGAUGCUGCUAAUGGUUCUAUUGGUUAUAUAUUACCUGAUUGGAUAAAAGAUGAAAGCAAAGAUAUGGAAUAUUCGAAUUGGACAACUCGAAUAUGUCUACCAUUGAAAUCGGAAAAUGAAAUGCAAAAACAUAAAUCACGCUCAUUAACAGAAAGUUUCAAUGACAUUUGCCCAUCGCUAUUACUGUUUUUAAAUCGUCUUCGUUCAAUAACUAUUCAUAAUCGUUUACAAGAUUCCAAACAAAUCUAUGAAAGAGUUGAUAUACCUGGCACGAGCAUCAUUGAAAUACGUUGCGGGCACAUUAUUGAAAAAUGGUUUAUUAUUAAAAAACAGUUAAAGGUUCCAGGAGAAGUUACAGCAAGUUUUGAUGACACUGUUGAAGCAACAGAAAUAGCAUUAGCUUUUCCUUUACAUGAAAUUAAUAAUAACGAUGAACAAAUUAUAUUAACUAAACAAGAUGUUUAUGCGUAUUUACCAUUAAGAACGUUUGGUUUUACAUUUAUCAUUCAAGCUGAUUUUGAAGUUCCAUCUUCACGUCAAGAUAUUUUAAGUGAUAGCACAUGGAAUCAAUUUCUGCUUAAUGAAAUUCCAACUAUUUUUCUUUCAUCACUCGAAACUUUUCAUCAUGAACAACUAUCAUUACCUAUUGAUUCUCUUCGGUUAUUUCUUUAUUUUCUGCCAAAUGAAACUUCAAUUUAUAGUAAUAAUCUCUUCACACCAGUCUGUCGAACAAUACUUCGUCUAUUACGUUCUCGUCCAUUCUUACCUGUUAUUAAUGACAAUAAAUUACAUCUGCCAAACGAAUGUGUACUGGCAAAUGAUUCAGCUAUAAAAGAAAUUCUAACACCAGAAAUUUUAUAUAAUCAUCUUAAUUUAUACUAUUUAAGAGAUGAUCUAUAUAAACAUGAGAAACAAUUAUUGGAGCUAGGUGUACAUCGCCUUGGACAUAAUGAACUAAUUGAUGUUAUUAAACGAAUGUUUACAUCAGAAAUCACAUUUGAAAACACGAAAAUUCUUUCAAAAUGGUUUUGUUGUUUAUAUCGAUCUUUAAAUCAGCUAUCUCUAAUCGACGAACAAAAUGUACUAAAACAUAUUCAAUCAUUAAAAAUAUUUCCAUUAAAAAAUCAUCAAAAAUUUAUUUCAUUACGUCAUACUAAUCAAACUAUUUUCUUUCCGUCGAAAAAUAUUCAAUUACCAAAAUUAAUUGAACAUGAUUUAAUGAUUAUUGAUGAAGACUUAUGGAUGAAUUUAGAAGAAACUUCUAUAGAAAUUAAUCAAAUACAAACAUUCCUUGAAAGACUUGGAAUACAACGUUUAUCACAUCGAGCUGUUUGUGAGCAACAUAUAUUUACAAUUUUUGAAAAUGACAAUCUCUGGAAAGAAAAACCGUCAGAAACUCUCAUUGCUUAUGUUAUGUAUAUUUUUGAAUUAUGGUUGAAACAGAAUCAUUAUAUCGAUAUGUCUCGAUUAAAAUCAUCCAUUCAAAUAUUAACUAAUGACAACUUCAAACAACCAAUUCAUCAUUCGAUUUAUUUCACACAAAAAUAUGGCAAUCCAUAUGAUUUAGCAAAAGAUUUCCAUGCUUACAAUUGGCUAUUAAUGAGCGAUGAAUACAUUCCUGAAAAUUUAUCAGUAAAUCAUCGUAAAAAGUUACAUCAAUUUUUGUCAGAAUUAGGUGUUUCUGAUUUUCUAUUUCCAAUUAAUAGCUCUACCUAUGAACAAUUUAAUUCUUUAAUUAAAAUCGAAUCUAUAUCAAUGAAUAAAAGACUCUUUUUAGCAUUGCAAGAAAAUUCUUCAUUGUUCAAUGAUAACGAAUUAUUUCUCAAGCAUUUGAAAGAAUCUAUAUGGAUACCAACAAUUCAAAUAUUCUAUUCUUAUAAUGAACAAACAAAUGAUAUUGAUUUAAAUAAAAUUCGUAAACUAGAUAAAGCAAAUAAUAUUUAUUUAAGAACACAACAAAUUGAACAACUUUUCGGACAGCGUGUUCAAUACAUUGAUGUUGAGAUUAAUACAAAUUCUUCAUUUGCAAAUGAUAUUGGCCUAAUUGAGCAUAUUACAUUGAAUGAUGUUACUAGUAUGCUGUUGAAUUGGUGUCAAAAUUCAAUUUUCUACACUUCUAUUUAUCAUAUGCAAAAUAUCUAUCGAUACAUCUACGAAAAUAUGUCUAUUAAUGAAUUAAAAGAAUUAAUUAAUAAUAAUUCUAUUUUCUUCAUACCGAUUUCAUCAUCAUCGGACCGUAAAGACAUUGUUCCUGGUAGAUUUUUUAGCAUAUCUGAAGUGUGUUGGUGUGAUGCAACGAAUCUAUUGGUGAAAUACUCAUCAUCAUUUAAAACAAUAUUUCACUAUUUACUUGAACCGUAUUAUAAUGAACAAAAAUCAAUUUUUCUUGAUACAUUUACGAUUCCUAUGAAUCCAACAAUAGAAGAAUAUAUUAAUCUGUUAGUUCACAUUUCUUCACUUGAAACAACUGAAAACACAAUACAAGAUGCAUUUCUAAUUUUUAAAACCAUUGGAAAAUGGCAUGAACAAUCAAAUAAUCUCAUAGACAAACAAGAUUUACGUAAUAAACUAUCACGUAAAUCAAUUUUUCCUACGAGAGAUCAUCGUUGGGUAUCUUUGGAUGAUAAUCCAUUGAUAGCUGACAAUAAUGACAUCGCUCAAUUGUUUACGCAAAUGAAUAAUAUUUCAAUGAUUGACAUACCAUCGCCCGACGUUUUACAAUUUUUUAAUAUGUGCGAUAUAAAAUCUCUUUCGUCAUCAAUUACAAUCGAACAUAUUAUUCAAAAUCCAUCGAAUGGAAUUUUCAUUCAAAAUUUACUUUCACCACUAAUUCCCUACAUUCAAUUAUUUAUGAAAUCUCGUCCAGAAUUUUUCGAUGCAUAUCAAUGGACAAAGUUAAUAGAUAUGUCUUCACAACUUAAUAACAUUCAAUUUAAUAUUGUUGAUCAUCUUCAGUUGAUUUAUCGUUUUAAUUCCGACUCAUCUAUUUGUAUGAUUCGAGAAGAAAAAGUAUAUUAUGAUAAAAAUCAAAUGACUUUCUAUAUUGAUCGUGAAUGGACAGAACAAUCGAAAUAUUAUCGAGAUAUAUUUCAUGCAUUUGCUCGAAUAUUUCUACCCUAUCAUAAUGAUGAAUUAGUUCGGUCGCUUGGCAAUUUUAUGAAUUUAUUAUAUAAUGAAGAAGAAAAUAAUCUGGAAACAUUUGCCAAAUAUCAAAAUUUUGAUUUAGAACUUAACGAUUCAGACGAUAUUCCAUGGCGAAUACCAUCGAAUUCAAAACAAAUUCAACACAGUGAACCGAAAAUUGAUGAACAGAAGGUUCGAAUGCUACUUGAAAACGUUGCUCAAAGUCAAGAACAUUAUACUACUUAUAUAGAAAAGAAACGACAGGAGUUGAAAAAGAAACUGUCUGAAACUGCUACGAUUACAAAUAAUCAAUCAACAGAAAAUGAAAAUACUUCUGAUACAGCGAAUGAUUCAAAUCCUCGGUUUGAUACUAUUCGCUCCGGUGCCUUAUCAUUGCUAGUCGACACGCCCUAUGAAAAUAUUGAACGACACACUAGAAGCGUCAGUAUUGAAGAUCUAACUCAUCAAGUACUUGGUAAUCGAGAUUCAACAAUUGGUUCAGAUCAAGGAUCAUUGGAAAAAAUUGGCCGAUGGGGUGAACAUUGGGUUAAUGAAUAUCUUCGUACGAAAUAUAAUGAUAAAAUUCAGUCGAAAAAAAUUGAAAUCCUAUGGCUCAAUGAAAUCUUAGAACAAGGAAAACCAUAUGAUUUCAUUAUAAAAAAUCUAAAAUCGCAAAUGAUAACUUAUAUUGAAGUAAAAAGUACAUUGAGUACGAAUCGCCAAUUAAUUCCAAUAACAUACAAUGAAUUGCAAUAUUGUUGCUCUUUGUCAGAUAUUAAUCAACAGUAUCAAAUCUAUCGUGUUUAUAAUACAGGUCAAUUGAAAAAAGUUAAGUUACGUAUUGUUGAAAAUAUCGAAGAAAAAUUACGUAAACAUGAUCUGGAAUUGUUUUUGUUAAUUUGA